CGGAUAUUAACGCGGAGGAAUCGCAAUGAAGAACCGGUAAUUGCCGUGCGGAAAAAACCCCAUCGCGUUGAUUGCAGAAAUCUCGAAGGAAAUUCGACGUCAUUUUCGAUGACGUUUCCAAUCAUGACAAUCAUGAAACAUGGCUAAAUUAAUCAGUUUAAUCACAUUCAUCAGAUCUUUCAGCAAAUGCGGCGGCGGCGGCAGCGGCAAGAAAAUACCCAUAACCCACAAACCGGGGGGCCACAAGAAAUACAAGUACGCCUUCUUCUUGAUUGCCCUUCCAGGGCUCGUUUACCUCACGAAUAAGGUCAUGGGGAAGAAGCUGUCGGAGGAGCCCUGCAGACCUCCUUUCAGAAAGUACCCUUAUUUGAGGAUAAGGACGAAGCGGUAUCCUUGGGGAGACGGACAAAGGACCCUGUUCCAUAACCCUAAAGUUAACCCACUACCAGAUGGAUAUGAGGACGAGUUGGAAGAAGGAAAAUGCGAAGACUAAAUGAAUAUAUGACACCUAUGUUCAGUUUUUUAUACAUCAGAAAG